GCUUGUGAUCCACUAUAAGUCCAGCAUUUUCAACUGCGCUUGCGUAUGGGCAGUACCCGAGCAGUACCGCCCUAAAGAGACUCACAAUUAUCCUGGAGAACAAUCAGAUGAUUCUGCUGAUUAUAAAUUCAAGAAGUUAUGGACUAAAUUUAUUGGCAAAUUUCAAUGUUACGAUCAAGAUGGAGCCAAUCCUGCUAAAGAUGAAGUGUUUUGUAGAAAUCGGUUCAAAUUAAUUCCGAGAAUCAUUGAAGGGAACCGGAUGCUGAGAAGUGCCGUUUCCACUCGGCCUUGUCUUCUUGCCAAGCGAGUUAGUCACGUGUUUCGAGCGAAUCGGGACUGGUGCGAAGUCGAGUGCGACACGAGCAGUUCCAGUUUUGCAAAUUUCAUGUGCAGUCGUUGCUUGCAGUUUUCCAGCGGGCUUACCAUCGACUUGAUUUACUUGUUGGAGGGUGUUUGCGAAGAAGAACUUCCGGAAUCGAUCUUUGCCGCGUGCACCAUUGUGAAACCGUCUUUGGCUUUGUGUAGGACUCUUCACGCUUUGCCCUUGCGGCGGGCUUGCGUUUGUGGAAGAAGCAGUUAUAAUAAUACAGAAAAUAAUAAUAGUGAUAAGAAUAGUGAUAAUAAUAAUAGUAAUUAUAAUAGUGAUACUGAUAAUAACAUUAAUAAUAGUGCUACUAAUAAUAAUAAUUCUAACAAUAAUAAUAAUAAGUACAACUGUGAAGGUCCACGUAAUUUUUUGGAUGCUAAUGUUGAGGAUUGUGGCGUAUAUGUGAAAGUCAGUAGUAAUUAA